AUUUUCGGCUCUCAGCGCUUGCAACACUCCCGGGCCUCACAGCUUUGCCGAUCUCGCCAUGGCGUCCAGGCUGCAGGCCAUCAAGUCCGUGACCAGGACCAUGACUCCCAAGGUCAAGCCUACGGAUCUGGGCAUGGAGAAGAGUGUGAACAAGGCAGCGAUGGCCAUCAUCAAUCCUGUGAAGGAGGUUUCCAACCCAUAUCCGGGAGGCAACACCUACGUUUGGGGUGUGACCUGGCCCGGCAAAGCCGACAAGUGGGGCCAUGGCGAAGCUCCCAUCGUGGACUGGGAUGAAGUGAAGAAGGCCUUCAAGGUUUGGAAGAACUUUGCGCCCUACAACCCUUUCGAGCACAUGGGCGGUGUCCUCGCCAUUGCGAAGGAGGUGGCCGCCUCCAAGCUUCCGACCAAAGGAGGACACUGAGCACUCACUGAGCACUCUGAGUGGGUGCAUCCAGUCCGCGGAGUUUGAGAGUGCG